AUGGAUUUUAGCACUUCAUCGGUGUUUGAUCAACAGAAAGGUGAUUCAGCUGAGGAAACUGACCUGACUCUGGUAUACCAAGCAGCGGCCAACGGGGAUGUUAACACCUUGACUGCUGUCAUUCGUGAAGAUCCUUCAAUAUUAGAAUGCUGCGAUAGCGAGGGCUGUACACCACUGAUGCAUUCUGUCUCAGGACGCCAACUGGACACAGUGAAAUUGUUGUUGAAGAUGGGAGCCAACAUCAACACACAAGAUGCCUGUGGACGCACCAGUCUUUCUUUGGCAACCUACCUGGGGUGGCUUGAGGGCUGUGUCAGCCUGCUGAGAAAUGGUGCCAAACAGAACAUCCCUGAUAAAUAUGGAAGAUUGCCACUACAUGCUGCCACUGCUGAUCCGAAUGUCAGGCUAUUAUCUGUGCUGCUUCAACAAUCUGAUUUGAGUGAAAUUAACCAUCAGGACACUGAGGGAAUGACAUCGCUUCACUGGGCUGCAUUCCAUAACCGACCCCAGCAUGUGCAAGCACUGUUGCAGAAAGGAGCUGAUCCAACACUGGUGGACAAAGAUUUCAAGACAGCUCUUCACUGGGCUGUACAGAGUGGAAACCGCAUCCUGUGUUCUGUCAUCCUUAGCCACCGUCAGGGCCCAUCAAUAAUAAACUAUGAUGAUGAGAAUGGGAAGACUUGCCUUCAUAUUGCUGCUGCUGCAGGAUACAGUGACAUUAUCAGCGAGCUGGCUAAAGUCCCAGAAUGCAACUUGCAAGCCCUUGACGUGGAUGACAGGACACCCUUACACUGGGCCACAGCAGCAGGGAAAGCUGAUUGUGUUAAGGUCUUGCUACAGCUGGGGGUAAACAGCAGCCCAAGGGACAUCAAUGAGAACACUCCCCUGACAUAUGCUAUGUACUGUGGGCACACAGCAUGCAUUAAACUGCUCUCCCAAGAGAACAGACUAGAGCUAGUUCAUCAAGUUUCCUCUCAGAACAAUAAAUUCUUGAAGAAGGAAGGUCGAUUCAGUGUGUUUAAUCAAAUCUUCUCCUGCAAAAAGAAAAAGGACAAUUGGAAGGCAAACCAAAAAGACAAAACUAGAGAUAGAUCUCAGAGGGAAGAGACCUCAGAAGUCGAUGACAUUAUCACAACAUUUGACUGUAUUAUGGAUGCAAACUGUAAAAGCUCUUCUGAGGAGUGUGUCAUGGCUAUAGACUUUAAAAGAAGAAACACAGAGACUAAGAAGUACCUCUUCUCAGAAAUUAACCCUCCAGAUAGCCAUGGCCUUCCACCAAUAAGAACCCAAAGCCUCCCGCCCAUUACUGUGAGUCAUUCUUUUUUAACAUCUUCUCCUACGACAACAUCUAGUAUGAGUUUGGAUAUUGAUGCCCACCAUUUUGCACAUUGCUCUCAAAAAAGCAGAAGUGAACAUGAUUUGUCAGAUCAAAGGAACAAACGACAAACUUUGGACAAUCCCUGGAAAAUUGACACUAACCAAAUACUCACUUGUAAAGUCUGGACAACAAUGCCUUCUGAUAAUAAACUGAUAGACAGAUUGUUUCCGGAAAGAUCCAGUCAUGUCCUGUUGUGCCCUCCGUCGCUCCCACAACUGCCAAACUCUCCAUCAGGGAAACAUUUUCAGCAGGCAACCCUACAGCAACCCAAAGUAAAAGAUCUUACACCUGUGCGGAAGACCUUGGCUCCUUUAUUAAACCACUGUGUUCAGAAAGUUCCAUUACCACUUGGCCAAGUUUCUCAAGGUGGCAAGGAGUCAAAGUCCUUGGCUUUAAACUCCUUAAGGAUUGGCAAUUCGGGUCUCCCACCAGCACUUACCACAAAAUCCCAGAAAGCGGGGCUUCCUCAGAGUCAUUUAUUGCACCCCUUACCUAUUCUAUCACGAGAGCCUCUCCGAACAAACAAAGUCCUGCCUUCCAUUCCAAAGCAAAAGGGAUCCAUCCUUGGAGGAGAAGUACUCAGCCAACACAACUGCAAAUCAAAGAAGGACAACUAG